AAAGAAUGAACCAAUCCUCGUUUUCAACCUCACCUGUGCCAUGAGCCGAGUCCUGUCCGACUCGUGUCUGGCUGCGGGACUUGGCAUCCUGCUGGCGCAUUUGUUCACUUUCGCCGCCAAUGGAUUCCUGGAAGUUCCAGUAGUCCAUGCUGCGUGGGGUUGGUCCAUGCCCUCGCCCUCGCCCAUGCCAUCUCCGAUGCCAUCCCCACCACCGAUGCCACCACCUUCGCCACCACCUUCGCCUCCUCCUUCGCCUCCCACUUGUGGAACCUGGGGUUCAUGGAGUGCUUGCUCGGUGUCCUGUGGCAGCGGUACACGCAUGCGAACCCGCAGUGGCAGCUGCGCGCCCUUCUCCGAGUCUGAAAACUGCGAUGCCGGAGCCUGCCCGACCUGCGGUGACUGGUCCCAGUGGAGCUCCUGUGGUGCCAGCUGUGGCGAUUCCACGCAGGCACGCUCACGGAGCGGCGGUGCCUGUGCAUCCUUCAGCGAUUCACAGACCUGCAAUCAGGGAGCUUGCCCUGAACCCUGCGGAGACUGGACACAGUGGUCGAGCUGUUCAAGCACAUGUGGUACAGGAACUCGAGAAAGGUCAAGAACUGGGCAGUGCUCAUCUUCCAACGACGAGUCCGAGUCCUGCACCUUGAGCGCUUGCGACGACGGAGCCUCGACGGCCUCCGUGCCGAACGUGCCCAAUUGCGGCACCUGGCAACAGUGGAGCGGCUGCACCGCCAGCUGUGGACCCGCCAGUCGCAUGCGCUCCCGUGGUGGCGAAUGCCAACCCUUCGUCGAGUCGGAGGCGUGCAACCAACCUGGCUGCUCGAGCCCCAGCCCUCCGCCAAGCCCGCCCAGCCCUCCGAGCCCGCCGAGCCCGCCGAGCCCUCCGAGCCCUCCGAGCCCCACCACGAGUGUGUCAACGACGAGCGCUUUGCCCACAACGAUGGCUGGGACCACGAUGGCUCUUGGGAGACCGGUGACGAAUGUGGUGGAAGUACGCCUCAGAAUCGCUGCGGACUUCAGCAACGCGGCGAAGGACAUCGACGCCUUUCGCGAGAACUUCCGCAGCGGCGUGGCAGAGGUGGCCGGCAUCUCCAAGGAGCGAGUCAUGGUGCGAGGCAUCACCAAGGGAUCCAUCAUUGUUGAUUUCAUGGUCACGGCUGCAGAGACGAUGAGUGACACCUCUGCAGCAGCAGCCAUCCAGGAAGUGGAGCGGAAGGUCUCCGAACCCAAUGCCUGGCCAAACAGCUUGAGCACGUUGAUGGCCGCGGGUGCCACCGUGGAGGCCAAGGCCGUGCGUGAGAUUCAGAAGGACGAGAUCCAGGCGAUGGCCAUCAUGUCCAGUGGGGCAGUCUUCCUGACGCCGCUCGCGGGCUACGCUCCACCGUUGGGUUGCAGCUGCCGACGGGGCGAUGGCGUCACCGCGGGCUGUGCCAAUCACAAGAGCUUGUCUCCACCGUGGUGCUUGGUGGACUCUGCGUGCCCCCAGAGUCAACAGGGCGUGCAGGGAACCUGGGCCUGGUGUGAGACCACAGAUGGAAACACUAGGGAUGAUCGACCGACCGUGGUGGACUCUGGCCGUGGUUGCCACUCGUGCGGAGUCACUGGGCUUGUUGCAAUGACCAUUUUUCUUCUCACUCUUGGCUUCACAAGAUGAGACAUCAUUGAAAGCGUGGUCGGAUGCGGAUUUCGGAAGAUUCUGCCCUGAGUAGACUGAGCGUGCCUGAGCAUCCAGCGAUUCUCAUGGUGCAAACUGUGUAGAGACUCGGCGUAGAACCGAUCCUGAUGGGAGGAUGAUUCUUC